CCCCACCCCUCCUUUCUCUCACAAAUCAAUAUUUGUGUUACUAUAUAUAUCCCCUACUUAUAAAUCCAGCAUCCCACCUCACUAUAAAUUGAUUUUCUCCCUUCCUAGCUAGCUAUAUAUUUUUGGGAGAAAAUUUAAUAAGAGAUGGAGGGAGACAUGGUGGCCUUCUUGAGCAUGGUGAUUGUGCAAUUGGGGUAUGCUGGUAUGAAUAUCAUAUCAAAAGUGGCAAUGGAUUCAGGCAUGAAUCCCUACGUGCAUGUCGCCUAUCGCCAACUUUUUGCUACUCUUGCCCUUGCUCCUUUUGCCUACUUCGUUGAGAGGAAGAUACGACCUAAAAUGACACUAUCUAUCUUAUUCCAGAUCUUCCUGUGCUCUAUAUUUGGAGUGACAGUGAAUCAGAUCACAUAUUUCGUGGGACUGAAGAAUUCAACUCCAACUAUUGCAUGCGCAUUGUCCAACAUUAAUCCUGCUGUCACCUUUAUCAUGGCUGUUCCCUUCGGACUGGAAAAGGUGGGCGUGAAGAGCAAGGCCGGGCAAGCAAAAAUAAUGGGGACGAUACUGUGUGUAGGAGGAGCUCUAUUAUUGUCAUUUUACGAGGGAUCCAUCGUCAACAUUGGCCAAUCCACCAUUCACUGGAAAUAUGCAGAGAAAACUGGAACCAAAAAUUCCAUAAAUGCCCAUCCCAAUUUGAUCCUAGGCCCCUUUCUCCUCAUUCUCAGUGCUGUCUCUUGGGCUGUCUGGUUGAUCAUCCAAACAAAAGUAAGCCAGAAGUAUAGUGCUCCCUACUCAAGCUCAGCAAUAAUGUGCGCAAUGGCAAGCAUCCAGUGUGUGGUGGUGGCCUUCGCCUUCGACCCCAAUUUAUCUGCUUGGUCCCUCACUCCCUGCAUUAGGCUCGUCUCAGCCAUCUUCGCGGGAAUAGUGUGCUCAGCGCUAGCAUUUUGCCUAAUGUCAUGGUGCAUAGAGAGGAAAGGCCCUUUAUACGUAUCGGUGUUUAGCCCUUUGCUGCUUGUUAUUGUGGCCGUCCUCAGUUGGGCAUUACUCGAUGAAAAGCUCUACGUCGGAACAGUUGUGGGAUCUGUGCUGAUUGUGUUGGGGCUUUAUGGAGUAUUGUGGGGGAAGAAGAGGGAAGCCAGCUGUGUUCACACUGUUGAAGGGGGGAAGAAGCUGGCCACACCCAUUGCUGAAUAUGACUUGGAAGCGCUCCCAUCUAAAUCGGAAAUCAUAUUGCAAAACUAAGCUAGGAUAUGAUUAGAACCCUAAAGUUGGUGAUGCAUGUUGUGCGUUCUUCGUUAUUCAGUUGGUUGAGAAUCUAUUGAUGUUGAGAAUCUAGUUUUCAUAUUAUAUCCAUCUUAAUAAUAAUGUUGAUUUUUCUUUCUA